AUCCCAAAUCACAAUUCGGCUUAUCUGGUUAUGACGAACCAAAUGAAAGUAGCGCGUGGUUUUCGGUGUUGGCUUAUCAAACCUCUGAAUCGUACAAACGGGACCUCCCGGUUUCGGAGAAUGAGUUCAGUUUGGCUAGAACAGACGUAGCGUCGAAUCGAUGUCGGUCAGUUGGGAGCAGCAGGAUUUGUUUGUUUCUUCCAGCGGAGCGAACCGCACCCCGCGCAAUGGUCGGGGCCUUGUUGAACCGGGAUGUCCCGUAAGGAUAUCUCGAUUUGCUGCCGUCGAUGGAAUUCGAGAGUUACUUAUACGCAAAGGGGAAGAUGGCAAAAUUGGCAUUACCGUGCGCCAUAUAGAGGAAGGAAAGAUUCUUAUUUGCGCUGUGCUGCGCAGAAGUCCCGCAUAUCUGGCAGGGCUUCGAUACGGUGACGAAGUGUUGAGCCUUGAAGAUGAACCACUGGUUGGGCAGACGGUGGAUCGGGUUCGUGAGCUGGUGCGGAAGAAUACACGUAAUAGCAUCAAGUUGCGCACGAAAGAUAAACCAGGCGAACGGUAUGUAACCGUCGUGCGGGAUGAGGAGAAGGGUUACGGUUUCCGGUUCGUGGACGGAGAGAUCACGUUCGUUCGGUCGAACACAUCGGCCCAACGGCAAGGUCUGGAGCGGAAGCUGCAAAUCAUAGAGGUUAACGAGGAGGUCGUUGUGGGAACCAAGGACGAGGAUAUUGAGGCGAUCAUAUGCGGCAGUGACGGUGGCACGGUGACGCUCUGUGUUGUGCCGGUAAAGGUUUAUCGGCAGCUGUUUAGUAGGAUAUCAUCCAUCACCAAUGAUUCUCUCACGUUGGUUGAAUUGUGAGAAUCGGUGUAUUAUUCUCAUGCGCACAAAAUCUGAAUUUAUAUGUCCGACUUAGAUUAAAAUAGUUUAUUAGAAUAAACAUGUUUAUCCAAUAUUUA